GACGUAGUGGCAAACAGGAGUAUUUUUCAAUGCUAUCGUCACUUAGAAUGGGUAGGUGAAAGUGGAUUUACGGUAAAGAGGAGGUGUAUCAAGCACGGGUUGAUGGAGACGCCGAUAGAGGGCAUCCUAGGCUAUUGUCUCGAAUCAGAAGAGAGAUAUAUAAAAAAAAAUCCAUCCUAAACCAGCGAUCAUAGAUUUUAUAUUAAUGAAUGUGGAAAAAGCAAAGGAGAUUGGACGUAACGGAAAUGGUUUCUUUCCUUCACUUUUAAUCUAUCUUCCUGGGACUUGACACCGGUAUGCCUGCCAAAAUGAUGAGCGCAAGAGGUGGCGGCGCAGCUGGUGGCGACGUCAGCGUAGCUGACAGCCCACUGGCUUCCUUCGAGACACUGACUCAAGCCGCCAUCAUUGCCGUCAUGGGCAUUGCUAUAGUCGUCUCCAAUAUUCUUAUUAUAGCUUCCUUCCUUAACUUCAAAGGUCUUUCGAAUGAAGUAAUUAACUACUACCUACUAUCGCUGGCUGUGGCGGACCUCUUGAUCGGCGUGUUGGUGGUGCCGCUGUCCGUGUACCCCGCCAUAACGGGGCGCUGGAUGUUCGGCGACCUGAUGUGCCGGCUGGCCGGCUACGUCGAGGUCACUCUCUGGUCCGUGUCUGUCUACACCUUCAUGUGGAUCUCCGUUGACCGUUAUCUCGCAGUCCGGAAGCCUCUCCGCUAUGAGACGGUUAGUGCGACGGUACAAACGCGCACUAGAAGCCAAUGUUGGAUGGUGUUCACAUGGAUUUCAGCUGCAAUGCUUUGCUGUCCUCCUCUUCUCGGCUACAAAAAGGAAGCGAACUUCGACAAGGAAACUUUUAUCUGCAUGUUGGACUGGGGAACUACUUACGCGUACACAGCGACCCUCGGGAUCCUCGUGCUGGGACCAAGCGUUAUAUCGAUCGUCUACAAUUACUAUUAUAUUUUUUCAAUGAAGCGUAAACUUAACAGCGGAGUGCCUAUCCACGACAAAGAGUACGCGACUGCUCUAGCUGAGAACCUGUCGAACCCGAGUCACUGGAUGAGCUUCAUCAUGGUCUGCACAUUCUGGUUGAGCUGGACGCCCUACGUCGUCGUCAAGCUUUACGAAUAUUGUACGGAUCAGGAAAUAAAGAUACCAAUGUUACAUUUCGGCGUAGUUUGGAUGGGCAUUUUAAAUUCGUUUUGGAAGAUUGUUAUAUUACUUAUGUUCAGUCCACAAUUUCGGCUAGCUCUUCGAAUAUUAUGCCUGACGGCGUGCUGCCGCUCCAAGGGUCGCCUGGCUGCGGAGCUCAUGGGCCUGGACAAUGAUGACUGAGUUCAUCUUCUGGCAGGUAUGUAAAUCCUUUACGACGUCAACAACUUGAGCAACACGCCCUAAUGUGCUGCAGUCAAUAUUAUGGAUUUAGAUACCUUGCCUGGCUGUAUCAGUCCCCCAUGACCACGCUCGUGGGUGUGGAAUCUUCUAUAGAAACAUAUGAUUGCCACAAGUUCUCCUAAUAUUCUAAUAUUGCUGUAAUUUAGAAAGUCGUGAUGUUUGUUGACAAUGUAAAGUUGCUGCUGAUUGUUCAUCCUGUUUUGCCUGACACGACGAAUGUAGGUUCUACAGGUUAUCUAACGACGGUUACUCAAACAGUGGAUAUUUCUAUAGACUGCAAUGUGUAAUUGUUUUAUAAUUUCGGUAGGCAAUGACUUUUGACAAUAAUGUGUUUAAGUUGGAAGUAAACACUUUGCUCUGUGCAAUAAAGUUCAUAUCAUUUUCUCAAUG